UGUCCCACCCAUGUGAUUUGAUCUUGGAUAUGGAUCAACUCAGGUUUAGGUUGGAUACUGCUCUUCGUUGGCCCAUGUCCACCCUUCUCAUCGUCGUCCCAGCGGCUGCCGUAUCCUCUCAUCGGAAACUAUCGUAACGUAAAAGCGACCUUCUUCGGCAUCUUUCUAUCCUCUUUCCUCCUAUAUUCUAGGGCAUCCCUAGCUUCAACUACAAGAAGCCCGUCUGAGAUCCAGGAGCACCGAAGCCCUGGAGACCAACCGCAACCCUUUCCAGUGGCAGCCUCACGAAGCGAAGUCGUUGCAGCGGUGCCAAUCGAAAGAUGGAGGACGUGGUCAUAUCCGAAGCUACUUCCACAUCAUCAUCCUUCUCCGAUGCCAGGAUAAUUUGCCGAGUAUGCCAGAAGCAGUUUGCGCAGUAUACUUGCCCUCGAUGCAACUCGCGUUAUUGCUCUCUUCAGUGCUACAAGAGGCAUAGCCUUCGGUGCACAGAAUCUUUCAUGCGUGAAAAUGUCAUGGAGGAGCUGCAGCAAAUACAGCCAGAAGAUGAGACUAAGAGGAAAAUGCUAGAUAUUCUUAAACGGUUCCACUCAGAAGAAGAGAUGAAUUCUGAUGAUGAAGACGAGUCCAUGCUAUCUGAGGAGACUAUUCAGAAAGUUUUGUCUGGCAAUGAAAUCAGACUAGAAGAUCUUUCUGCUGAGGAAAUCAAGUACUUUCGAAAAGCUCUAGCAUCCGGGGAGCUCAGCAGACUGAUUGAGCCAUGGACCCCAUGGUGGACAAAGCCUUCUGCAAGAUCCAUUUCUCUCAGCCCAGGAGGAGGCCAGCUUGUCAAGCCACUUCAUGAGCAUGAAGGAACCAAUGCACAAGCCUCUACUACUCCAGAGCCAAAGCUUAGCGAGGUUCCAGCUGGGCCAGAAAAUUCUUUGCCACCACUCGAACAGCUGACCCGCACGGACCCAUCUCCUCUUCUGGCUGUUCACUUGGUUGAUGUUCUGUAUAGCUAUUGCUUUACUCUGCGCCUUUACAAUGGGGAUUGGCACUCCGACCCAUCUGGUGCUGCCACUGCAAUCUUGAGCGUGUCAAAGGUCUUGGGUGAUGAUGCACGGCCCGAGACUGUGGCAGAAGCACUUGGAGCUUGCUUGGAGCAGACAUGCUCAGCGGUUUACAGGCACACUGGAGGUUUUAGGUUUUGCAUCGGACUUCUUGAUGAUAUCAUCAGCCUGCUGCAUCUUGGGUGUGGUGCUCUCAUCUGUUCUCUCUGUGAUCUCCAGAGGCUUAUUCAGGCGGGCGAAAGAAUGCUCAAAUCUGAGAAAAUGGGGAAGGCAGAGAAAGGCAAGAGCAGCCGGAAGCUCCACUCUGCUGAGCGGAAGGUGUAUUUUUUGAUGUGUUGGGUUCAUGAUCAGCCAGGAGAGGCCUGGUCAUCUUUGGCAGGAAUUGUAGAGGUGGAGAAAGCUUCUCUCUGGGAAUCAGGUUACAGUGGUACACGUGUCAAAGCGGAAAAGAAGGAAGUGCCUCAAACGAAGGUUCUUAUUGAGGAGGUUUAGUUCUCAGGAGAUUGAUGUUCCAUUAGUUGACCUGCUGUUGUUCUGUCCAGAUGUUAACCUCAGCAACAGAAUGAUGUAUUACCGUAACUUUAUGAUAACAAGUGGAUCCAAGGUCAAGAAAAGUUACAUACUUCCACCUAAUCUUUCCUUCAGGAAUGGUGGUUCUGUUCAAAGAUGAUGAAUGUAUUUAUCACGGAUACACUGGAUUAGCUAUGAAUGAUGCUUAUUCAAUAUGAAUAAAUUAUGUACCAAAAUUCUGCUUUC